UUUUAUUUUUUUCUUAUUUUCGUUUUCAAGACAGGGUUUCUCUGUGUAGCCCUGGUUGUCCUGGAACUCACUUUGUAGACCAGGCUGGCCUCGAACUCAGAAAUCCACCUGCCUCUGCCUUCCAAGUGCUGGGAUUAAAGGCGUGCGCCACCAUACCCGGCAUGGAAUGUUUGAUUUUCAAAGCUGCUGCCUGGGUUGAGCUUCAUAUAAGAAAUCUUUAGUAAAUUUUGGCUUGAGAUUAGCAAGGAAUUUCUAGCAUUUUCUGAAAUGGCCUUAAAUAUACUUCUGCAGUCUGAUACAGAUAUUUAUGCGAGGCGGCGUUCUCGGCACUGAUUGUAAAAGUCAAAUAUUGAUCAAUUCUGACACACACAGAAGACACCUGUGGUGGUUAGUUUUGUUGUCAGCUUGACACAAGUAGGUUCAUCUGGAAAUGGGAAACCUCAAGAGACAGUGCCUCCACAAGGCUGGCUUAUAGAGCAGGCUGCAGUGCUGCACACCUUAAAAACCUCACUCGGGAGGCAGAGGCAGGAGCUCUGUGAGCUCAAGUCAAGUCAGUCUGCAUAGGGAGGGAGCUCCAGGCCAGCCAGAGCUAGGCAGAGAAAGACCAAGGAUCAGAAAAAAAAAAUACAUAUAUGUUUUAUUUUCUUGACUUAUGUCGAGCCCAGCCCACCGUGGUUGUACACUUGGGCAAUCGAUUCUGGGUUAUAUAAGAAACCUAGCCCAGCAAGCUUCCAAUCCGGCUCCCUCCCUGCUUCCAGGGCUCAUCACCAGUUCCUGCCUCCAAUGUUGCCUUGACUUCAUGUCGGGCUACAAGUGGAAGCAGAAAUAAUCCUUUUCUCCUCAAAUACUAGCACAAUACUCUACAGUAUCAAAUAUUAUUCAGUCUGUAUGUGCUCUUUAUGUAAAACCAAGCACACUAGUGUGCAGAUUUGCCUUCAAGUAACCUAAGAAUUAUCUUGUAAUUUGUUAGGAGACGUUUGAUUUAUGUAACUACGUUAUAUAGCUAAACACUGGGGUUGUGAGAAAAUUUCUCAGGUGAAAGGGGUGGAAACAGUGAAGCGCUGUUGUAGGGAGCUACUUAAGCCUGAGGUGGGGUGGGUUCUCGUGUGGCCAUCUCACAAUUCCGACUGGAUGGGCAGAAAUGAGGGUAGCUUAUACACCCACUUGGGGCUGCCAUCUUAAGUGGGGACAUCAGAGCUAGGCAGAGAAAGAAAAAAGAUCGUGUUCCCCCUCUAUAUAUACCAUAUACAUAUGGUAUUUUCUUGAUUUAUGCUGGGCUCAGCCUACUGUGGUUGUACACUUGGGCAAGUGAUUCUGGGUUAUGUAAGAACCCCCUGCCUAGCUCUGGCUUUCCCAGCUGUCAUAGCUGGGACCUGAUAACGAGGGGGUUGGCUCUGGAACUGAAUUGCUAGACACUGGGUGGGAAAUCUGAGCAUCUGUCUUCUGGUACUGGGAAAAGACGCCGCGGGCGGGGUGGGUACCUAGAGGCAAAUGUGUCUGGCACGCGGUGCUGCGCGAAUGGCAAGCCUGGCUUUGCAGGGGACAGGGAGCUGGGGAUCCAGAUUGCAGGGGCAGAUGGCAGACUGGCUGCGCGUCCCCGACGCAAGGGCAGCUUUGCGCAGUGCGCAUCCCCGCGCGCUGCUCGCCGCGGCCGCCAGGGGGCGCAGCGGGAUCUCAGUGCGAUCACCCUGCGGAGCGGGCAGCCGCGCUCAGGGCUGCGAGGUUGUAAAAUGGUCUGACUGCUGUCUGCCGUUAGCCUGCCGACCCGGGGACCCCUACCAGUUAAUUGCUAAGGCAAGCGUGGACAACUUCAGCAAGCUUGGGGUGGCCUUCAUGGAGGACAGGCUCCAGAUGGACAACGGCCUGAUAGCCCAGAAGAUCGUUUCAGUCCACUUAAAGGACCCUGCUCUGAAGGAACUCGGCAAAGCCUCCGACAAGCAAGUGCAGGGCCCGCCCCCGGGCCCAGAAGCUUCCCCCGAGGCCCAGCCUGCACAAGGUGUCAUGGAGCAUGCUGGCCAAGGUGAUUGCAAGGCCGCCGGUGAAGGCCCUUCCCCACGGAGGAGGGGCUGUGCCCCUGAAAGUGAGCCUGCUGCAGAUGGGGACCCAGGGCUGAGCUCCCCGGAGCUCUGUCAGCUCCACCUGUCCAUCUGUCACGAGUGUCUGGAGCUCGAGAACAGUACCAUUGACUCGGUGAGGUCUGCGUCUGCGGAGAACAUUCCAGACCUUCCCUGUGAUCACAGCGGCGUGGAGGGUGCUGCGGGCGAACUCUGCCCCGAACGGAAAGGGAAGAGAGUCAACAUUUCGGGAAAGGCGCCCAAUAUCUUGCUGUAUGUGGGCUCUGGUUCCGAGGAAGCCCUGGGCCGGCUCCAGCAGGUGCGAUCUGUCCUGACUGACUGUGUGGACACGGACAGCUACACUCUCUACCACCUGCUGGAAGACAGCGCUCUGAGGGACCCGUGGUCUGACAACUGCCUCCUGCUAGUUAUUGCCAGCAGGGACCCCAUCCCCAAAGACAUACAGCACAAGUUCAUGGCCUAUCUUUCUCAGGGAGGGAAGGUGCUGGGCCUGUCUUCCCCCUUCACGUUGGGUGGCUUUCGGGUGACCAGGAGAGAUGUGCUACGGAACACAGUCCAGAACUUGGUUUUCUCUAAGGCUGAUGGGACUGAGGUACGGCUCAGUGUCCUGAGCAGCGGCUACGUUUAUGAAGAAGGCCCGAGCUUGGGCAGGCUCCAGGGCCACCUGGAGAAUGAGGACAAGGAUAAAAUGAUUGUGCACGUGCCUUUUGGAACCCUCGGAGGGGAAGCCGUUCUCUGCCAGGUGCACCUGGAGCUCCCGCCCGGCGCCUCCCUGGUGCAGACUGCAGACGACUUUAACGUGCUCAAAUCCAGCAAUGUGAGAAGACACGAGGUCCUUAAGGAGAUCCUGACUGCCCUCGGUCUGAGCUGUGACGCACCACAGGUUCCUGCCUUAACGCCCCUGUACUUACUGCUGGCCGCUGAGGAAACCCAGGAUCCGUUCAUGCAGUGGCUCGGGAGGCACACAGAUCCUGAAGGAAUCAUAAAAUCCAGCAAGCUCUCCCUUCAGUUUGUUUCCUCCUACACAUCUGAAGCGGAGAUCACCCCGUCUUCCAUGCCUGUGGUCACUGACCCAGAAGCCUUUUCAUCAGAGCACUUCAGCCUAGAGACCUAUCGACAGAAUCUGCAGACCACGCGCCUUGGGAAAGUGAUUCUGUUUGCAGAAGUGACCUCCACCACCAUGAGUCUCCUGGAUGGGUUGAUGUUUGAGAUGCCGCAGGAAAUGGGCUUAAUUGCCAUUGCAGUUCGGCAGACCCAGGGCAAAGGAAGGGGCCCGAAUGCCUGGCUGAGCCCCGUGGGAUGUGCUCUUUCCACUCUGCUGGUCUUCAUCCCCCUGAGGUCACAACUGGGACAGAGGAUUCCAUUUGUCCAGCAUUUGAUGUCCUUGGCUGUGGUGGAGGCAGUGCGGUCUAUCCCAGGGUAUGAGGAUAUCAACUUGCGAGUGAAGUGGCCCAACGAUAUUUAUUACAGCGAUCUCAUGAAGAUCGGUGGGGUUCUGGUUAAUUCAACACUUAUGGGAGAAACAUUUUAUAUCCUCAUCGGCUGUGGAUUCAAUGUGACGAACAGUAAUCCUACCAUUUGUAUCAACGACCUCAUCGAAGAACACAAUAAGCAGCACGGGGCGGGCCUGAAGCCCCUGCGAGCGGACUGUCUCAUAGCCAGAGCCGUGACCGUGCUGGAGAAACUGAUCGACAGGUUUCAGGACCAAGGGCCCGACGGCGUUCUUCCCCUCUAUUAUAAAUACUGGGUGCACGGUGGUCAGCAAGUCCGCCUGGGCAGCACGGAGGGGCCACAGGCAUCUAUUGUGGGCCUUGAUGACUCCGGGUUCCUGCAGGUCCACCAAGAGGAUGGUGGGGUUGUGACGGUGCAUCCAGAUGGCAACUCCUUCGACAUGCUGAGAAACCUCAUCGUGCCCAAGCGACAGUAACACCUUCCUGUGUCCCCAGACAGCUUGGAUCUACUGCAACAGGGAAGCUGCUCCUGGGAUCUCCUGGGAGCACUGAGCAGGCGCACUCCGCUUGCAUAACUGUUGUCUCUGCCUGCCUAGGGCCUGGGAAGCUAAUGCAGAGUUAGAGGCCAGUUGUUAAUUCUUCAGGUUGUGGGUUCCCUGCCCCCACCCCCUCCCCACCCCGGGAUUUGGGACACAUAUAUGUGGUUUUACUGGGUGUUUGAAGGUGCAUCUGGUGAGGAUUGACUCACAGGCGAAGAAGGGUCAGUUUAGCCUAGGAGUUUAGUUUGCCUUGUGAGGUAUAGAAGUGCUCUUCCCCAUGUGGGCUUGGAUUUGUGUGUACUGGGAGGGAAAUGAGAAGCAAGGGGUUAGGAAUAGCGCUGAGAUAGUACAAAUAUAUCCCAAGGAGUGAAGGCCUUUAGCCCUCUGCUGUUGAAACAGUGAAUGCCCACAGCUCAGGGGCAUGCUCACUGCUGUCCCAGAACACACAAGUGUUGACCUGCACGUAGGGUUGUUGCUGGUUUCCUUUGUCAAGUUGGGCUUCUUGUAGUAGCCUGGAACACAGGACUGAAGGAUGGCCACAGAAAUGCUGCUAACCAGCGUUAUCUCCUUUCCAGGAUCAGAUGUGUCAGGUUUUAGAUGUUUAAGCCAUGAUGGCAGCUUCCUUAGAGACAAAGGCUUGCCCAGGCUGAUGGAGACGUGGGCUCACCCUCUUGCCCACACAAGGGAGGAUUCUUGGAGCUUUUAAGCUGAUCAGUUGCAGGCUCUGUUAGAAUGCCACAUCCCCAUAAGCUUGUGUCCCCAAGCAGGGCCGAGUGCAGCACUGUAUUGUAAGUCAUGACUUUCUGCCCCCAAUUUCAUAAUGUCAGGAAGGAGAGAGAGAGAGACUGACACAAAAAUGCCAUCAGUUUGGAGAGACGUAUGUGCGUGCAGAGCAUGCCUGAUUUUGCGUGUGUGUGUGUGUGUGUGUGUGUGUGUGUGUGUGUCUUUAAAAGAAGAUGUUCAAAACUUGAUGUGCUAAAACGUCUCCGUGGAAGAACAAAGGAGAGGAAGCCUUUCUGGGCUUGCGUUUCCAGAUGUGCUCCGUGCUUUCCCGUGUACCUCCCGUCUCUGUGGAGCUUGUGAAUCAUACCCAUCGCUGCCCAGCCUGAAAGAACUAGUUCCUGUCUGCCCUCCUGCUUCCUGCCACUUCCACUGAAGUGGGCGGACGGAACAGAUCGCUUCGCUUAGAGCAAGAUCCUCGUCAUAAACGAGUACCAUCUUUAUCCAGCUUCUGUAGUCAGGGCCAACUCCAGAAACCAGAGGUCUUCGGCAUAGAAUCCACUCACCCUCAGCCUAGCAGAGUCAGCCCCAUUUGAAGCAAAAAAUAAAAUAAAUAAAUAACAGGGUGAACUAUACCAACCUGACGUGUGUUUGAGGGGCUGUGACACUAAAGGAACUUGAAAGUAACUUUUCUUGCAAAUAAGACUUUGACUAAUGUUUUUCUCAAAAAAAGAAAAAGAUACAUAUAUAAAAUUUAGUUCCGCUAUUUUUUUAAAUUCAUGCGAGUUUAAAUAAAACUGUACGCCACCCCAAAUUAUAAAGUGACAGGCCCAAGAGAGAGAGAGAGAGAGAGAGAGAGAGAGAGAGAGAGAGAGAGCGAGAGCAUCUGUAAAAUAUCAUCAAGAAUGAAGAUCUCCAAGCUGGCUGUUGCAAAGGUUCAUUUCUCAGACUUUGUAAUAUAAGGCUGUUCAUCUCUCAGAACCGCCAUCAUUACAUUUGAAAUUUCUAUGGGGGAUUAUUUAAUGAAAAACAUGCUAUGUUUUAUUUUAAGCUGAAGGCCUAUUCUGGAUAGUUCUACUUUGGGGAAAAAAAUGUUAUCAUUUAAUUUCCUUUCUGUAAGUUAAAACUAAUGAAGUGUGGUCAUGUCAGAGCAGACAGAGAUGUUCUGGGCAUGCUGAUUGGCCCUGGGGUAGUUACACUGUUUGGGGGUAUUCUUGCGUAUGCAGACAGGACACUCCUUGUCUCGAGAGACAGCACAGCCUGAAGCACUGAAGCUGCAUUCCCCACUGGCCUGACUUGGCCUCACAUGAACCAAAGACUUCAGAUUUCACAUCGUAGAGAGCAUUUCUGCCGAUGGGGCGUGUGAAGGCUGCCACUGUACCCGCCACAUGCGAGGGUAUUCACACUCUCAGUGUCCCAGGACCUCCAAGAACUUUACAAGUCUCCUAACCUCGAUGCCUCCUAAUCUGGAGACGUGGCCACCUAACCCCGACUCUGUAUUUGCCGUAAGCAGGUUACUCCUAGUGUUAACCUGCUUGCAUAUCUACCCCUGGGUGUUGGAAGGCACAGGUAAGCAAGCACUGGGUCUCACACAACUCAGCUGAAGCAGUGAGCGGCUUUGCUACCCUGACAUGCCAGCAACGGGGCAACCUCAUUCCUGGUUCAUCUCUAUGCAUCUUUGAAAUAAACAAAAAUGUAAACCUUU